GUGAGACAGGCGAAAUUAUCGGAUCUGCAGCUAGUUGUGGGUUUUGACCGUUAAAAUCUCAGUAGUUAACUUUAAAUUAGGUUUUUACAAAGAAAAUUGCAGAGUGCUGAAAAAGUGCUGAAAUUUCUUUGUCUCAGUGCUGAUUUUUCGGCCUUGGUGCUGAAAUUUGAUGAGGCUGAGUGCUGAUUUUUGAAAAUUCCAUCUGGGAACCCUGGCCGUGCACGUGAAGACUGAAGCAUACUGAAGACUGGUGAGAACGCAAACGUGAACUGAAAUCAUCGAGGUGUGAUGUAACAGGACGUUUGCUGCACUCAAUGUAAUUUUAGAUUUAUCGCACAAUUUGAUCAAGAGGUUCAUUCUUAUCUCCUUUUUCAACUUCCUCUGCUCCCUCAUUGUGAUAUCUUUUCAUAGAAACAUCUACCGGUCUGUACAGUCUGUGCCUGUACCUUCGUUUUCUUUGAGUAUUUCUGUCCUCGUUUCUCAUUGACAUUGUAACUUCCGUCAAAUCUCGUUCUACGUCUCAAGAUGUCCAAGAAGCCAGCAUACAAAGUUGCUGACAUCAAUCUCGCAGAAUGGGGUCGAAAAACAAUCAUGCUGGCAGAAAUUGAAAUGCCUGGUCUGAUGGCCCUAAGGAAAAAGUACGGGCCAUCGAAAAUUCUCAAAGGUGCACGAAUAGCAGGAUGCUUGCAUAUGACAGUUCAAACAGCUGUACUUAUUGAGACCCUUCUUGAAUUAGGAGCUGAGGUCCAGUGGUCUAGUUGUAAUAUUUUUAGUACACAAGAUCAUGCUGCAGCAGCAAUUGCAAAACGUGGUGUGCCAGUUUAUGCAUGGAAAGGUGAAACGGAUGAAGAAUAUUUAUGGUGCAUUGAGCAAACACUGGUUUUUCCAGAUGGCAAG